GGCACAGCCGGUGGCUAGGGUGGGACCCGUGAGCCCAGCCCCCGGAGGAGCAGCGGCCUCAGGAGAACCAGCAGGUCAGCAAGUGGAGAGAAGGCAGGAUGCGGCCCAAGCACAGAGGCCGGCUGGGCGCCCAGAGCCGUGGACAGCUAGCUUGCUCACGGCCGAACCCACAGAAAACCCUCAGGUGUGAACACACCUCCGCUCCCUGGUUCCCUCAGCUUUCAGCCCCUCAUCCUGCCCACAAACUACACCCCAGCCUGCAGGCACUUCCUGAUAGGAUGGAGCAUCCUGCCCUGGGAAGCUGGCUGCCUUCAGCCCAGGCCCCUCCCACCCCUCCAUGUGCUCUGGGCCCGAAGUCUCGGUGCACACCAGAUGGACUGCCUCCUGUGGGUGCCAGGUAUGCCCAGAUGACCCAGCCUCCCUGGGUGGGGGACAAGCGUCGCUGGAGAGGGGUCUAGGCUGGUGUGCAGAGGGGCAGAAUGCGCAUGUCUGGAGCUCGGACCUGCACAGGGGACCCUCCGCCCCCCACCCCCCACCCCUCAAGCUCCCAGCACCUCCCCGGGGGCUGUGUGAGGUCCUCUGCAAAACCCAGGGCCGACCAGCCCCAAGCAGGCGAGGGGCCUUCAGGCUUCAGGAUGCCCCAGCUACAAGCUUUGUGAUUCUCCCACCUCAUACCCAGCGAGCCGGGCUGGCAACGCGGGAGAGCUGGGGCCACGGCCCAGGAACCAUGGUGCCUGGACCCCUCUCAGGCUCUGCCAGGUCACUGGGCUGGGCUGUCGGGCCGGCAUCGCAGCCCCUACUUGAAGAGCUGGGGGCCCCUGCCCCGCUGAGUGACCACACGCUGGGGACCACGUCCCAAGAAGACGCUCUGGAGUGGGAGCCGGGCCAGGAGGGAACCCAGGCCCUGGAGGCUCCUGUGGGUCCUCAGGGCAGCUGGCAGCUGGCCGCCCCCACGAGCCAGGUCACAGGCAGCAUCCUCCCCCCGGGCCGGGAGCCCAAGUCCCUGGGCCACGGCCAGGCCAGCCAGCGUGACCCCCAGGCCCAGGGUCCUGCUGACCAGCAUCUGUGUAAGAACUGCAUGGACCCUGGAAACAGCAGGUCCCUGAGCCUCUGACAAGUGGGCUGAGCUUGGACCUCGACAGAGUGCCAGACGCCGGCCAGGCUGACUGUCUGCUGAGGGCACCUGACCUCGGCCCCAUGGAGGCCGAGCCACAGAAGGCCCCAAGCCAGACACCGCUGGACACACAGAGGGAACCCAGAGGCCCUGUGCAGCGGGCAGACGGAGCAGAGGCAGUGCAGAAUGAGCGGGUGCCUCCCGGGGCACCUCAGCCCCCUGGCUGGCUCAGCCCCUGGGGGCCUGGUCUCAGGGCAGAUGUGGUGGAGUGGGGAGGCUGGGGGCGUGACGCCUGCUGCCCUCACGGGAGCCCCGAGCACACUCGCUCUGCAGCCAUGCAGAGGAGGCUGGGCGCCGGGUCAGCUGGGCCAGGGAGGACCCCCACCGGCCCCCCAGACCCCUGCCAAGUGUGGGCGCCGGACCCCUGCAGAAGCGCUUGCGGGCGGGGGGAGGAGGUAGACAGUAUAUUCAAAAGACCAAGCCGAGGGAGCGGACGCCACUACUCUGCAGCCCGCCACCCACCAGAACUCGACUCCCAGGGUCGGGUCCAGCCCCCGGCAAGGGCACAGUCCCCAAGCAAACAGCCCCGGGAGCAGCAGAGCCGAGCCUGCAGACCCGCUGGCUGCCCGGGGCCUGAAGCCUUGGCCCUUUAUCCCAGAGUUCAUUUGAGCCCAACGCAGCCGUUUGGCAGUUGUUCACAUUCGAAUCACGAUACGGC